AUGCGUGAGCUCGUGCACGUCCAGGGAGGCCAGUGCGGCAACCAGAUCGGAGCGAAGUUCUGGGAGGUCAUUGCUGAUGAGCACGGCAUUGACCCAACCGGAACAUACCAUGGCGACUCCGAUCUCCAGCUUGAGCGCAUCAACGUCUAUUUCAACGAGGCGACUGGUGGCCGCUACGUGCCUCGUGCGAUUCUAAUGGACUUGGAACCAGGAACCAUGGACAGUGUUCGAGCUGGGCCUUUCGGUCAGCUCUUCCGUCCGGACAACUUUGUGUUUGGUCAAACCGGCGCAGGGAAUAAUUGGGCCAAGGGCCACUACACGGAGGGUGCCGAGUUGAUCGACUCGGUCCUUGAUGUCGUGCGCAAAGAGGUAGCCACAUCACAGAGCCCCGGGAGAGAGAGGAUGAUAAGUGACGCGGAAGACACGGCGGUAAGACAGAGAGAGAGAGAGUCAGUCAGUCAGUCAGUCAGUCAGUCAGUCAGUCAGUCAGUCAGUCAGUCAGUCAGUCAGAGGCAGACAGACAGACACAACGAAAAAACAAAAUCAGUGAAGAAGGGGUGA